AUGACGUGUGGCCUGGGUCAUGGCGGGCCCCAGCUGAUCAACCUCCAGUGCGCAGUGGAGACGGCAGUGGCCGUGCUGCUGGCCCUGGAGUGUGUGCUGGGCCCUGGCAACGCUGCUGCCCUGUGGACGUUCUUCCGCCUCAAGGUGUGGAAGCCUUACGCCGUGUACCUGUUCAACCAGGUGGGGACAGACCUGCUGCCGGCCGUCUGCCUGCCCUCCCACGCGGCCUCCCACCUGAAACACAGGGCCCGGGGCCUCUGCCCCACGGCCUGUCAGGCUCUGCUCUUCCUGCUGCUCUUCAGCCAUGGAGUGGUGGCCUUCCUGGCUGGGCUGGCCUUCCUGGCUGCAGGAGCCUUGGACCGAUGCCUGCGUGUGCUGCCUCAGCUCAAGGUCAACCUUCUGUCCCCUAGGGCAGGGGGCAUGUCCAGCCUCGUGUGGCUUCUGCUGGCUCCCACCCACCAAAGCGUGCCGGUCUCCAGGGCUCCCCAGAACGCCGCCGAGCGCCCCAGCUUCUGCUCGGUGGGGGGCCGCGGCGCCCGGCAGGAGGUGCUCUUCUUCCUUCAGCUCCUCCUUCCCUUCGGCCUCAUCUUGUUUGAACACCAGCACAUCAGGACCCUGCAGAGAAGGAUCCGCACGCCAGACAAGCAGCCCAGGCUUCGCCGGGCCAAGGUGCUGGCCACUGCUCUGCUGCUGCUCUUGGGACUGUGCUUUCUGUCCAGUGUCCUGGCCAGGGUGCUCAUGCACAUCUUCCGAGGGUCACAAAGUGAUGUCCUGCAAGCCAUGGCGCACGUGGCCGAGGUCGCUGCAGCCUCACCCACCCACAGCGUGCUGAACCCUGCUGUCCACUGCUUCUCCAACCCGGCCUUCACCCGCUCCUACCAGAGGGUGUUCAACAGCCUCAGAGGCAGGAGGCAGGGAGCAGAGCCUCCCAGCUCCGACCUCAAGGACCCCGGAUCCCUCCAUCCGGGUUAUAUGCAAACCGCGUGGCACCUGUGGCCCAAAGAAUCUGGAGCUGGGGUCCGUUUCAAGCGUUUGGUUUCCAGGGAAUAG